AUGUCGGAAUCGGGAGCAUCAUUUGUUACAGUCAGAAGCAAAGCAAUUGCAUUGGAAACCAAAGCACAAGGGCUACUUACAAAAUAUUCAACCUUUGCACAAACCACGAGCUCUGAAGCAUCAGGUGAAGAGACUAAAUUAAGUAAUCAAUUAGAAAAAAGUUUACAAGAAAGACAAGAUAUUGUCGAAUUAUUACAAGAUAUUUGUGAUAAAAACACCAACAUAUCAGCAUCUAAACUAUCACAAUUACAACGUCAUAAAGAAGUUUUACAAGAUCAUUGGAAGAGUUUCCGUAAUAUUAGAUCUUCCAUUCAACAAGAACGUAAUAGAUUAAACCUUUUGUUCAGUGUGAAAAACGAUAUUGCUCAGCAAAGACAACGCGACUCAGAACUGGAUACAGAUCAAUGUAUUCAAAAUGAGUCUAGAAGGAUUGACGAGUCUCAUAAUACAGUCGAUCAUUUAAUCUCUCAGGCUUGGGAAACAAGAGAUCAGUUCCGUGCUCAAAGUAAUAUAUUACAUAGCGCAAAUAAUAGAAUGCUACAAACUUUACAAAGAAUUCCAGGCAUUAAUAGAUUAAUUGGAAAUAUUGGUACUAGAAGAAGGAAAAAUGCAUUAAUAUUAGCUAGUGUAUUAACAUUAUGCUUUUUAUUUUUGUUUUUCACAUGGUAA